AUGGCUACCAUCAAGGUACCGGCUCGACUUCCCGAGCUCGCCAAGGCUGCCUUCUCCAAGGCCCUCGCCGACGGGGAUCUCUUUUACUUUCCCACGCAGGUGCAGGACAUGCGCGUGGGCUCUCUCUCGUUUCAACUACGCUUCUCGCCGUCCCUGGCCAACAAGCCCAAGGGUGCGAGUAAAUCGUCUGCCACCACCCCGUCAAAGCCGUUUGACCCCUUCGAGUACACCACGCCGCCGCCGCCGCUAUUCGUCGGCGACGUCGGCCCCGCGCACUUCCUCGUCCUCAACAAGUUCGCCAUCGUCCCCGGCCACCUGAUCCUCGCCACGCGCGCCUACCGCGCGCAGACGCACAUCCUCGAGGCCGACGACCUGCAUGCCACGCUCGCCUGCCUGCGCGCCUUCGAGGAGCACGAAGCAGCCCCCGCGGAGAGCGGCGCGCUGUUUGCGUUCUUCAACGGCGGCGAGCACUCCGGGGCCAGCCAGCCGCACCGGCACAUCCAGCUGCUCCCCGUGGCGGCCAUGCGCGAGGGCCUGCCGGCGGGCAGUCCGUGGAGCAUGUUGGCGUCGAGGCUGGACGACGCGGCGGUGGCGCCAUUUCGCACGUUUGCGGAGAAGAUUCGGCUGGACAUGCCGCGCGGUGAGCUGCACGCGGCGUACCUGCGGCUAUACGAGCAGUCUGUGCGCGCGGCCGCGGGUGACGAGAUGGUGGGGGAGGCGGCGACGACGGGCGAGGCGGCGAUCAGCUACAACCUGGCGAUGACGCGGGACCGGCUCGUGCUGUGUCCGCGACGGGCGGAGGGCGCGGACAUCACAGAUGAGGACGGAAAGGUGGUCGGCCAGUUGGCGCUCAACGGGACGAUGCUGGCCGGCACGGCGCUGGUCAAGACGGAGGCGGAGUGGGAUGCGCUGCGCGGGAACCCGGCCGCGCUGACGGCCGCGCUCAAGAUGGUGGGCGUUGCGCAGCCGCGGUUUGUGGACACGACAGGUAAUAAGCUGUAG